AUGGGAUUAACAUGGCGUUUACGUUUAUCAUAUGCAAUUGGACAUGUUUUAAAUGAUUUGUGCGCAUCUGUAUGGUUUACAUAUACUUUGGUAUUUUUUAAAUUUGGCAUUGGUAUACCAACAAGUAUGGCUGGUUUAAUAAUACUCGUUGGCCAAUUGGUUGAUGGUUUGAUGACACCAGUAAUUGGUCUACUUUCGGACAGAUUUUCAUCUCAGUCAUCUGUACCGUUGUUAAUAUCUUCUUCUUCUUCCCACUCUUUGUCAGCAUCAUCAUCAGUUACACAUAAUAAUUUCAAUGAUCGUUUGCAUGAUUCUAAUGAACAUUUAGCCAAUCAUAAUAAAAACUACAUGUCUACAGACUCUUCUGAUGUUAUUCAUUCUACUGGUAAUAAUAAUAAUUCGUCUUUUUUCCAACGAUUCAACUCUGUUCUAAGAAGAUUUCGACCAUUUGGUCGUAAAAUAUGGCAUCUUUGCGGAAGUAUAUUAAUUAUUUUUUCAUUUCCUUUAAUAUUUGGUCCACCACUUGGUUCAUCCAAUAUUAGUACACUGGCGAAAAUGAUUUAUUAUUUACCAUUAGUGGCAAUUUUUCAAGCUGGAUGGGCUGCAGUUCAGAUUACUCACUUGGCAUUAAUCAAUGAAUUAUCUAUGGAAUCUAGUGAACGUACUUUAUUGACUUCCCUACGUUAUUUAUUCACAGUUCUUAGUAAUCUACUUGUUUAUAUUAGUACAUUUCUUCUUUUACAACAUCAACAUCAUGUUGAUAAUAAUAAUAAUAAUAAUAAUAAUAAUAAUAAUAAUAAUAAUAAUAACAUUCGUAAUGAUACUAGUAUUAAGAACUCAAUGAAUGGUAUGUUACCGUUGAGAAAAUUGCUUAAUUACAAUGAAGUUGAAUAUAUUAUGUUACCUAUGGUAAUGACUUCACAUCCAUUAUCGAAAUGUUCAAAUUCCUCACUAUCUUCACCGUCCAUUAUUGAUUUUGGUAAAGAUGAUAUACCAGCUUUUCAAAAGUUAGGUUUUACAAUUAUUGGUGUUGGGGGAUUAACAAUGUUAUUAUUUCAUUUUGGAGUAAGAAAGAAAGAUUUUAUUCACAAUGUAAGACCUAUAACUAUUGUGGAUAAUCCUAAUCAUGAAUCUGUCAGUCAGAUAAAACAUCCUGCUUAUAUAAUUACUACAUGGAAAGAUUGGUUACGUUUACCAUUAUUUUGGAUUCUUGGCUUUUUCUACAUGUUUGUUAGACUAAUUGUCAAUGUAUCACAGGCUUAUUUAACAAUUUACCUUUUACAUUCAUUACGUUUACCUAAAGUUACAAUGGCUUUAGUUCCUUUAACAGUGUACCUGACAAGUAUUGCUACUACUAUGGUACAAAAACCAAUACAGGAUCUUAUCAGUCGUGAAACAAAUUCUGGAAUUGGAUUAAUUUUUGUCACAAUAUUUUGUAUAUUAGUUAAUUAUCCUGGUAAUCCACCAAUAAUUCAUCGUAUAUACAUUGCUGCUGGUAUACUUGGUAUCGGUUGUACUAUUAUAUUAAUUACAUCAUUAGCAAUGGUAUCAGAUUUAAUAGGAAAAUAUCAACAACAUGGGGCAUUUGUUUAUGGUUAUAUGUCAUUUACUGAUAAAUUAGCUAAUGGUAUUGUUAUACAAAUUAUUGAAUUAUUAUGGAAUGAAUGUUCAUCAUUAACAUAUUAUCAAAAUGUUGAAUCCUAUGGUAUUGGUACAUUUGUUCUAUGUCAAUUUAUUUUUUUAUGUUUAUAUAAAUGGCAAAAAAAUGUGUAUAUUACAAAUGGGAAUUCAAUUCAUGAACAUGUAUAAUUUUUAAUGAAUAUGACCAUUGAAUUGGUUUGGUUUAGGGUUAGUUUAAUUUGGUUUAUGCAAUAUGUAUAUUCAUUAAAGAAUUUUAUAUUGAAUUGUUCACUGAUUAUGAGUAUGCUUAUUUUUACAACUCAUUUUUCACAAUUUGUCUUUCCUUUCCCAACCACUUCCUUCCUUUCUCUUCUCUCUCUCUCUCUCUCUCUCUCUCUCUAUCUCUCCUUCUUCUUGAAUUAUACAAAAAGGUAAAUUGGUUUUGGUAUGUAAUUUAAGUAAAAAAAGUAAUUCAAUAAGCAUUUUACUUAUGAACUUAUCAAUCAUCAUUAUAUCAUAAAAUACAUCAUUAAACUCAGUGGCUUAUGAACAGUGUCUUGUCUUGUUUGUUACAAGCAGUAAUGAAUAAACUUUCUUUUUCCAAAUGAACAACUCAUUUCUUCUUUUGUUUUCUCCCAUCAUCAAUAAAGAAUAUGUUUCAAUCAUUGGUUGAUUUGAUUUCAUAAUAAGAUUAAAUAUUGAAUUGUCC